AUGGUUUGGAUGAAACUUGGACCAUACAUAGAAAAUGCGCUGGUACAAUAUAGUACAGAAGUUCUAUUCCGCAUCGGACCACUCCAGCCAGCAGUGCCGUCGACGAAACACGAAGCGGUGGGGCCUAAGGGCCGUGGGCCGGCCAAACAACCUGUGGCCGUUCCCGAUGCUCCAUCGUCUAAUUCCCCAAUCGCAUCGACACGAUUAGCGGUGCCAACACGAAAGAACACCAUCCCAAAACGUUCCCUAUGGUGUUUUUGUGGACGUGGAUUUGGUGGUGGCGGUGGUGGUGGCGGUGGUGAUGGUGGUGGUGGACGAAAUUCCCGACGAAAAGCACCAAGUAGUCCCUACGGUUUCACUUCACCAAAUGAUUCGUCGGACCGCCCACCGCUACUAGUCGACUUGCCUGAGGCGUCUGCGGUGAAAACGUCGGCCGCUAUGCCGAACGUGGAGGAUCCAACGAAAAAUCUACUACUAACGCUUGAUAUUCCAACUGUAUCCACAAGAUUGCGAAAGCUGAGUCAAGCGUUCUUCAACGCUCAACAUGGUGAUCAAGUUGAUCUUAUGAACGACUGGGAAAUUGGUGGAACGCAGAACAAAUGGGUUUGUCCCAGUGAUCGACAUCUGCAUCUAAGAGCACAACUAAAAUCAGGAUGGUCAGUUCGUACAGCGACAGCACGAUCGCCAACAAACUCGAAAGGGAACACGGGAAUCACCGAAGCCGAACAGGAACACAUCAGACAAGUUUUGGCCAAAGCCGAAGCGAGUCGAGUAAAAGAGCAGCAACGAUUAGGUAAAAUGGUCGAUCGUUUGGAAAAAAUGCGACGACGUGCAACUGGUAACGGUGUAACACAUUGUCUACUAUGUCAUACAGAAUUCGGUUUGUUAGCGUCAAAAAGUUACGCAGCAAUGUGUGUGGAUUGCCGAAAGUAUGUUUGUCAACGAAAUUGUGGUGUGGAGACAUUGGACAGUCAACGUGGUGAAGUGGUGUUUCUAUGCAAAAUUUGUUCGGAAGCCAGAGAGCUUUGGAAAAAAUCUGGCGCAUGGUUCUACAAGGAAAUCCCCGAAUUUGUACGUCCUGAAGCGAAUGGAUCCGUUGUAACGUCACCACCGCAUCAUAAACCGUCAUGGACGUCACCGGCAGGACCAUCAGCGACAUCACCGCAAGCUCGUAGGCAUCUCCCUCAAAUCCCUAAUGAAAGAUCAAAAUCCCCUCGACCCAGAAUUCAACCGUCAUGGGUCAAGGAGAAGGUGAUGUCGUCGAUGUCGGUGGAUGACGAUGACAGAAGCUCUUCCGAUGGCGAAUUCGCUCAAUCCGGCGUAAUCAGACGUAAUCAUAAAGCGACAAUGGCCCGACGAGAGGAGAACCUCGCCCGAUUCGCUCUUCAUGCCACACAUAUCAGCGAUAGCGAAGAAGAUUCAUCGCCGGAAUCGAGAGCUUCGACACGUUCCACGUCUCCACGUCGAUCCCUGGCCACCCCAUCCUCUUACGAUUCUGCUCAUAAUCAAACCGCUCCGCCAACACAUCUUGACGAUGCGAGAAGUAUUGACAGCGGAGGUAAUCGGAUAGUCCAAUCGGACCACUCCAAUCCACAACAAGCAUUGACUCUAUCCGUUUCCUCAUUAGCCCCAUUCUCCUCAAGUACCACAACAAGCGAGAAUGCACCAGUACAAGUGAGAAGAAUCAGUCAAACUGAGCUCCCAUACGAUACAAGAGUGGCGCAAUCAGCUUCAAGAGGAUCUUUGGCACUAGCGACACCGCCUCCGAUCCCACCUCGAGCAAGUCCUGUUCCCACAGAGCCACGAUCAAGUCCGGCACCAUCGGUUGAUAUGAUGUCCAGAAAGAUUAGCAUCAGUUCCGCAGCCAGCACAAAACGAGCAGGAACAUCGAACGAUAGUGUGAACGUCCUGGAGCCUAUCAAAUCUCAGGCUACUCCAAGAACUGAAUCACCAACUGCUUCAUUUAUGAGUUCACCAGAUGAUGAUUCAAAGUCACGCACGCGUCGACGUGCGAUCAUCGCACGUUUUCAUUCGUCGAAGCGUCAAAUGACUUUGGAAGAGCCGCCGACUGCCGCCGAAGAGAUCAUCACCGCAUCGCCUACCGUAGCCGCAUCGUACAGUACACCGGACGGACUGAACUCGGAACAGGCGUUGACGGCACAGCAACAGCAGCAACAGCAGCCUGGUACUCUCGGUUCCAUACAGUUUACGGUUCUCUACAAUCAAUCCGAAAAGAAACUCACUGUUCAUCUUAUUCGAGCUAAGAACCUAAAAGCUAUGGACAGCAACGGUUUCUCCGAUCCAUACGUGAAAUUGCAUCUAAUUCCCGGGAUAGCUAAAGCUACAAAGCUGACCUCAAAAACUAUCGAGAAAACGUUAAAUCCUGAAUGGAAUGAAGAAUUGAACUAUUACGGUGUCACCGAGGAGGAUAAACAAAAGAAAACAUUAAGAAUAACCGUUCUCGAUCGUGAUCGUAUCGGUUCGGAUUUUCUUGGCGAAACACGGAUUGCCUUGAAGAAACUGCCAAUGAACACAGUGAAAAAAUUCAACCUCUAUCUAGAACACGCUAUUCCGGUUCAGCAGUCUCGACAAGAAGAUGAGUCAAUAAGGGGAAAAAUUCUAGUCGCUUUGCAAUAUAAUAUUCAACAAGGAUCCUUAUUUGUUACCAUUAAACGAUGUGCUGAAUUGAUAGGAAUGGACUCAACAGGAUUUUCUGAUCCCUACUGCAAAAUCUCACUUACGCCAGUCACCUCUAAAGCUCAUCGCCAAAGGACUUCAAUAAAAAAGAGAACACUAAAUCCAGAGUUCAAUGAGACCCUAACAUUCAUUGUUCCAUUCAAAGAUUUGCCGAAAAAGACCCUACAAAUCGGUGUAUUUGAUCAUGAUCUAGGGAAACAAGAUGAUUACAUCGGUGGAAUUGUCCUAUCGGCGUCCGCUAAAGAGGAUCGAGGCAAGCAAUGGAUUAAUUGUAUCGAAAAUCCCGGUCAAACAUUUGAAGUAUGGCAUCAACUCGAAUUAGAUGGUUAG